AUGUUAAUAGCAGCAGCAAGAAAUAUGUAAACAACGCAAAAAGAGCAGCAGACGAAGACACGUCAGAUUAUUAAUUGGAGCCAGAAAUUGCAUUACUUCAAUCAUUCAACUGAAUUAACUUCUAUUUGUUCGUAUAAUAAGACAGCGCAACUGGUGAUUGUGCACGCAAUGAAAAGUUUUUUAACAAUUGCGCUCCUUGCGAGCUGCUGCAUUUUAUUCGCAAUAGCAUUGCCAGUGACAAAAAAUAAAAAAGACGAGAAAAAGGAGGAAAAACCAGCUCAAGCGGCCACUCCAGACGUAGAGACGGCUUUGGAAUAUGAGAGAUAUCUUAAGGAAGUUGUGGAAGCUUUAGAGAGCGAUCCAGAGUUUCGAAAAAAAUUAGACAAAGCACCUGAAGCUGAUAUAAGGAGUGGAAAAAUUGCACAAGAGCUGGACUACGUGAAUCACCACGUACGGACAAAAUUAGACGAAAUUAAACGUCGCGAGCUUGAACGUUUAAGAAGUUUGGCUAAGAAAGAGUUCGAAUUAAGCAAUGACAUUGAUCGUGACCAUUUGAAAGUAUCGCAACAUUUGGAUCAUGGUAACCAGCAUACAUUUGAAAUAGAAGAUUUGCGAAAACUAAUAAAAAAGACAUCCGAAGAUUUGGCUGAGGCCGAUAGAAAACGACGUCAAGAGUUUAAGGAAUAUGAAAUGCAGAAGGAAUUUGAAAAAGAAAUGAUUAAAAUGGAAUUGAAUGAAGAACAGCGUAAAAAGUACGAAGAAGAACAAAAACAAUUAGAGGAGAAGCACAAAAAGCACGAAAAAGUUCAUCAUCCUGGCAACAAAGCACAAUUGGAAGAAGUAUGGGAGGAACAGGAUCAUAUGGAUAAGCAAGAUUUUGACCCUCACACCUUUUUCAUGAUACAUGAUGUGGAUGGCAAUGGAUUCUGGGAUGAAACCGAGGUAAAGGCAUUGUUUAUUAAGGAACUCGACAAGGUGUACAAGUCUGGUUUACCUGAAGAUGACAUGCGAGAAAGGGCUGAAGAAAUGGAACGCAUGAGAGAGCAUGUUUUCCAAGAGACAGAUACAAACCGUGAUGGUCUGAUCAGUUUCCAAGAAUUUUUGGAACAAACGAAACGCGAUGAAUUCAAUCGGGAUCCUGAAUGGCAAACGCUUGAAGAGCAACCGCAAUACACACACGAAGAGUAUUUGGAAUUCGAACGCCGUCGUAAGGAGGAAAUUGAUCGUAUGAUUGCUCAAGGACUGCUACCACCACAUCCAAAUAUGCCACAAGGGUACUAUCCCGAUCCCAAUGCACAUCAGCAGCAUCCUGUUUAUCAACAACCACACCAACCACCAAUGCAUUAUCAAAACCCGCAACAGCAGCAUGCACAACAGCAGCAACAAUACCAGCAACAGCAACAACAGUACCAACAGCAUCAACAACCAUAUCAACAACAGCAACAAUUUCAGCAGAAUCAACAACAGCAAUAUCAACAACCACAGCAACAGUAUCAACAACAGCCGCAAUUACAACCAGAACAAAAAUACCAAGGACAACAAGUGCAUUUAAAUUCGAAUCAAAUGUAUCAAAAUGUCCCAGCUGAUGCGGCUCCUCAACCACAACAACAAUCUGCUGUCAAUAACGUGCAGGCGCAACCUCAACAACAAGCCCCUCUUCAACAACAAACAAACGUUAACAAUAAUAUGGUACAACAACCAAUUUCUAACAUUUUGCCUACACCACAACAACAGCAGCAGCACAACAACAUUCCCAAUCAGCAACAAAACAAUAAUGUAGCCCAACAACAAAAUAACAAUGCCAAACCUUCACAUUAAUUUCAUUAAUAAAAUGGAUGCGCAGAUUUCAAAACAUUUCAA